CAAAAUUGUUUCUUUACUUCCCUAGAUUUAAUUAGUAGGCUCGCAUAGUAGCAGAAUUCAGCAUCGCACUGAUUAAAUUUCUUUUUCUUGCUAACAUUAGGUUAUGUCUCAGGAAUUCCCCCACCGGGUAGGGGCAUGGUCACCCGCAAACAUUCACAAAUGCUACCUUCUGAUUGGCCGCUCACUGACGGGGUUUCCCAUAACAUUUGCGUGACGUAAUUCUCUCCUCGGCCCGGCAAGCGCGGGAAAAAAAAUCCGGUCCUACCCUCGCGACAAAAAAAACAACAAACAAAACAUUUAUGUACACGAAAAUUUAGACAAAUAUUGACACGGAUUGAUAAUUGGAUUCGCUUGAUGCCGUGUAGCAGUUGUAUAGAUUGACGUUGAUGGUGUAGGAUGUUAUCUACGACAAAUAUCACAAAUACUAGUUGGUCUGUACUCCAUGGUCAAAGACGGGAGAUACACGCUAGUAUGUCUGCUGUCAGGGCUUGUGCUGUGUGCCUUCAUCAGUAAAGGUCAAGUCCUAUCACAGCCUGGUAGACCUCGGAAAUGCGAUGGUACUGGCGACCCAGUCUCGCCGAAGGGCUUCAAGUUUGAUGUGCUCGGGAAUGCUACUGGGCUGGAGGAUUGUGUGAACUUGUGCUGCGAGGAUGGGGAAUGCGAGGUGGCGAUACAGUCAGGAGUGCGUUGUUUUGGGGUAUCAUGCAGUAUACCUGAGCUGUGCCAUACUGUUGUUGACAAGGUAGUUAGGGCACAAGAUCAACAUGGCGGUGAUCAUCAAGAUGUCGUCAAGCACACAGUUAUUGCCUCCAGCGCUCUUUGUCCCAAACCAUUCGCAACAAGCUUCUCCGUGUUAUUACAAGCCUCCAGACAAUCUCAAGACUUCAUUCAACUGCACAGUGGGCCUAUCACAGCACAAGAUUGCACAUCAUUGUGCUGCAAAUCCAAAGACUGCUUUCUAGGUUUCGUCGAGGACGAUGCUUGCUAUAGUGUCCGUUGCCAUGGAGACUGUGGAGGUGCACGCAGAUCCAAUCAGGGGCUCUCCCUUCAGGUUGCGAUCAUCGAUCGGAAAAGAGAGGUACUUCGGAGUGUCGACGAUGAUGAUGAUGACCUCGGAUCAGAUGAUGAUGAUAAGUCUUCUUCAUUCGUCAAAAAUGGAAAACAAACGAAAGCGAGAACCCAAUCUAAAAAACAGCUCAAUACGAGUGCGGCACCUUCUCGAAAGAAGGCCGUGGUGAAAAAAAGCAGUAAACAGUUAACUAUACCCGAUAACACGCAUUCGUCUCUAAGUGACACGAGCGAAAAGACUAAAGACAGAAAACAAACGAGCGCAAAACAAGGAAAUACAAUGAGUUUCUCUAGCAUUGAUAAUAGUAAACACGGUCAUGCUAAUACCACAAGGGAAGACCCACGGCUCCGUCACUUACAAAAACUCGAAAAUGUUCAGAAGCACAUCGAGAGCUCGAGAACAGCUUCGAGCAUCGGCUCUGAGAGCAAGAGGAAAAAUAUCAGCAAAUAUAAGCCGACAAAGAGCCAUCGUAAUGUUACAUACGGAAGUCUCGAGAAGAAAUAUAUAAAGAUCAAUGAUAAAUCUAACAAGAGUGCAAUUGCUGGUGUCAGCGGCCAGUACGCCUACCAUAGUGUUCGACACCAACAACAGACUCCUACCAAACCUAGCACUGUUUCUUUGCACGCAGAUAACAGACCGGAAAAAUAUAAAUCAACUAUCAAGCCUUCGACAAGUGCGACCAUGCAGAGCAUGCAGAGCGCAACUGAUUCAAAUAAGUAUAAGCUAGGAACUAGUAUACAUGAUCACACAAACAACCAAACGUUGCUAAAGGCAGGCCUCAAAUCACUAACGAACCAAACUAAAAAUAGCGCAGAAGUGCAAAACAUUGGUGAAGAUGUUUCGAUGGGCGAGGCGUCCGGGAACAAGGAAGAGGGAAGUGCACAAGGGAGCUCAACGGAACAAAACUCCACGGAGCACGGUAUGUACAAUAUAGUCAAACCUACCAGGCUUCCCUACACCACGGAGAAAGGCAGGAACUAUAGAGUGAAACCUACCAAGAUUCCCUACGCCACGGAGAAUGGCAGGAACUAUAGAGCCAAACCUACUAGGCUCUCCAACACAACGGAGAAAGGCAGGAACUAUAGAGCCAAACCUACCAGGCUCUCCUACACCACGGAGAAAGGCAGUAACUAUAGAGCCAAACAUACUAAGCUCUCCAACACAACGGAGAAAGGCAGGAAGGUAAUAAGCAAACCUACCAGGCUCUCCAACACAAUGGAGAAAGGCAGGAACUAUAGAGCCAAACCUACUAGGCUCUCCAACACAACGGAGAAAGGCAGGAACUAUAGAGCCAAACCUACCAGGCUCUCCUACAACACGGAGAAAGGCAGGAACUAUAGAGCCAAACCUACUAGGCUCUCCAACACAACGGAGAAAGGCAGGAACUAUAGAGCCAAACCUACCAAGCUCUCCAACACCACGGAGAAAGGCAGGAACAGUAUUCUCAAACCUACCAAGCUCUCCAACACCACGGAACAAGACAGGAACAUUAUUCUCAAACCAACCAGGCUCUCCAACACCACGGAGAAAGGCAGGAACGUUAUUCUCAAACCUACCAGGCUCUCCAACACCACGGAGAAAGGCAGGAACUAUAGAGCCAAUCCUACCAGGCUCUCCAACACAACGGAGAAAGGCAGGAAGGUAAUAAGCAAACCUACCAGGCUCUCCAACACCAAAGAGCAAGGCUGGAACAUUAGACUCAAAUCUACCAGGCUCUCGAACACCACUGAGAAAGGCAAAAUAGACAAGUCUAUGAUUUCCUCCAACACCCUAGAGCACGGCACGCACAAUAUAGUGGAGCCUAUUACUCUCUCAAACACCAACAAACAAAUGAAUGAAGUGAAGAAGCCAAAAGUAAAAGCGCAAUCAGGAGAUAAAGCCAAAACCACAGCUCAACACACAAAGAAAAAUUUUACGAAGAAGGCCUUGCUUGGUGUCGACCAUAUCCAUAUAGCGGUCAAUCAGUCAAACAAGGAUCUUGGCAAGGUAUCGUCUAGCGGGUAUGGUCCAACGCUUCCCAAGUCUGCUUCGGUCAGAACUCAUAAGAUGCACAGCGCACAGCUUGUAAUAAGCUCAGAGCAAAAUUUUCACAAGGAAGGCUUGCCAAAGGUUAUGAAGCAUGCUCAGCCAAAAGCUAAACCAGUCAAAAGUCAUGGACGUGUAAGUGCAACAUCUGGAGUUAACCACUCCAAGCCAAAGGUUAAAGACGCGACCAAAUCGCCUGGGAACUCAUACAUAGCGAACACAGGGAACAAAACUCUGGAAUCAAGACAGUACAAGACGUCAAAGCGACGAGUCCUGGCAAAGCCUAUAAUUAACAGCUUAAACGGGACACUACUACAAACGGGAGACGCGAAACCCCGACAGAACGAGGAAGAGGACCUCAUGACUUCUUCCUUCGAAGAUGAAGGGAGUGCUUCCAUAAAUGGCGGAAGUAGUGGCUCCGGUAUCUCUGCUACGUCAACGAUUGAUUUGAAAAAAUAUACCGGAACACCAAUUGCCAGGAAUGGAGAGUUCUUUUCGAGUGGGGAAGGAAGUGGAGGUGGUCCCAGCUUAGUUGAAACGGCUGAUGUAAAGCACAACAACAAUAGACCUUAUAAAGUGUCUAGCUCUAAGCUGACAAAGAAUUUGAAAAAGGCGAAAGUAGCUUUUGGCACGAAAGUGAAAAAUACUCCUAUUAAGAAGGAUGCUCGGCGAAAAGUUUCCGCUAUUGUGAAAAGAGUUGGUGUUACAAAGGCAAUAAAGUUUCAACCUCGGAACCAUGAAAAGCUUCUGAAUGUCAACCAGAGUAAAAGCAAAACACAAUCUAGUCCAAAGAGGUCUCCAAAAUUGACAAUGCCAAAAAACAAAAGCUCAGCCUUACGUAAAAAGCAUGACAGAAAAGGUCAAAUCUCAAAAGUCCAACGAAACAAACCUCAAACAUCUGAUACAUCUACACAUCAAAGCCAUGACAGGUCUGUCAAAAAAAGGAAAGGCAGCAAGAAAAACAGACUCCUCCGAUUCUUUGACCAGGAGAAGACACGUAAGACAGAAAAACGCCCUGUUGUAGAUCUGAUGGAAUCGUCGCAGUCCGAAAAUCCUGUAGAAAAGCAAACAAAGCAGCUUGAGAGCGCAGUUGAUUUAAUGGCACUCUCUCACAGUGGGGACGAUUCCCAGAACGUUGACACGUAUGGCUCGGGGACUUAUUACGGGGCAGGUGGGGGUAUGCGCAAUGGUCACUCAAUGAAUCGACAGAAAACAAUGCCUCCAACAAGAACAACUUCGAGGCCACGAAUUCUCGGUCAGCCGACAAACCCGCAAAGAAGCGUACGAAAUCAUAUCCCUACAUCUGGGGGAGCUGCAGUAAACGAGCCCGCCAAGUUUAGCCGUCAGUUCCUGCUCCACCAUAAACAUAACAUGUUAUCAACCCCAAAACGUAAGAAAACUAGCCAAACAAGUACCCAUGGCAAAAAGAACAAUGUCAUACAUGUGAAACCUACAGAAAAGGCAACUGUGCCAAAAACGACGUUAAAAUCAAAGUCAAAGCUGCUUCAUCACGAUGGUAAACAAAACAAAUCUUCAACAGUAGGGACGAUACUAGCACUCGAACGACCGCACUUUUACAACGCCAAAAAUAUGGACGGGACAGGGCUAAGUGUAUUGGAUGAUCGACAAACAGGCAAAGAACUACCAGAAACCUACGAGCGACAAGAGGUUCACAAAAAUGACCAUGACGAACUAAAUGACGCUGAAUCAUCGGAAAUGUUGAAGAAAGAUGCUGAUGUCCACCAAGGGGACAUUGAAUCAUCGGGAAUGUUGAAGAAAGAUGCUGAUGUCCACCAAGGGAACAUUGAAUCGUCGGAAAUGAUAGGUAAAGAUGGCCAUGUUGAUAACGAAGACACGGAAGCGUCUGGAAUAACCACAGUUUCUAAUGAACACCAAAAGCAUUUCUACAAGGAUAUUAGCAAAGCAAACGGAAUCCAAUUUUCAGCCAAAUCGAGGCAUAAGAAGGGUCAUCAUAGCAACAUGGAUGUCGAUGAUCUUGGAGAUGCGGACUUUGAUAUACAGAUGUCCAAUGAUAUACCACAUAAGAAGCCAAGAAAGACCCCUAAACCGAAACAACGCAAGAUAAUGAAAAAGAAAAAGGUGAUGCUAGGAGAGGACCCGAGUGAAGACGGCCAUAGUAAAAAGAAACACAAUCGGAAAGAAACACACAGAGGAAAAGGGGAUGAUGAUGAUGAUGACGAUGACGAUGAUAAGAAUUGGUUCAAGGGCCAUGUAAAGUACAUUAAGAAAAUAAUUGGCCAUCACAAAAGUCCAGAAAAGCUCUCCUUUAGGACUCGUAAAAUACACAAGCAACGUAAAAUACAGAAAGAGAAUUUCCACAAUGCAAAGGAAGAGCAUUCAGAUGACAGCGGGGAUUAUGAGGAAUCGAGACCACAUCACAAUCAACAGUUCAAAGUCUCACAUCAAGAGGAAGACGAUGAAGAUGUGGAAAAGCAAAAGUUUGAGGCUCGUGUUGCUCUAGAAAGACAGCACGAGGAAGAUGAGAAGGAAGUCGAUAGCAUUGCUUUGCCUCAUAUAGAAAAAGCCCGCGUCCGCCAUCGGCAUAACUCUAAACACUUGCACUAUAGAUUACCCGCUAGUAGUCAUAACCAUGAUUUAAAGGAUGUUGAUGACGAUGAAGACAAACAAGUUGUUGAAGAAAAAAUAUACCACAAACCUCGGCAUCAUCACGGCUCGAAACCUUUUUAUCCACAUCCUCACGCGGAACAAAAAGAAGAAAGGGCAAAGCUCAGACAUCUUCCCGCGUGGGCACGGCAUGGUUUCAUAGGUGAGGACACCGAGGAAGAUGAAGAGAGUGGUAGGGUAGGAAAUGAAGAUGAAGACUAUGCUCACUUUCACAAGCGAGUAUUCCAUCAAAGACAUCAGGAAGACACUGAAGAGAAGUUAAAAAGACUUUGGCUUCUCCAUAAGCACAAAAUCUGGUUGAAACAUCACAAGAAGAAAGAAAGAGAACGUGGCGAAGCCAAACAGGAAGUUAAACACGAAUCUGGCUCACCAAAUAUGGAAAGGGAACCGGUUGAACAGCAUAUCGCGGAUGAGGAUAUAUCUGAAAAUAAAGAGACACAUGCUCCUUUGUGGAUGCAUGACAAGAUAGAACACGAACAGAAAAAAGAGAAUUUCGUAGAACCGCACGAAGAGUAUGGUCCGGAACGUCUUAGUGGUAAACCUUGGCAUCACGAAGAAUGGAGCGAUCCUACUCCUCACCACCACCCUCACACUCAAGACGCUGAGGAUGAUCAUGAGGAUAUACUUGCUAGAGAACACAACCAAUAUCACAUCAAACCAUCUGAGUAUGUUGCUAAACAUUGGGAGCAUCACCCAGCAACUGUGGAAGAAAGUAAUAAGGCAUUUUACCAUGACAGGAUCUGGAAAAAUGGCCAGGAACCAGAGUCUCAUGAGUACGACCCUUCAAUGGAUCACGACGAAAUGAUGCACAAGGAGCAGCCACCCUGGCAGCAUGAAGACCAAAAUCCACACGGUUCAUGGUCUGAUGACAACUCACAGCAAGGAUCCUGGAAUAAAGAAAAGCCAUGGGCAAUCCAUAGACCAACUGGUGAUCCAGAACAAAAACCCUGGGAGACUUUACCUCACGAAGAGCCUCGUCCACAAUGGGACGACCAUGAUGGGCAACAUCAUAAACAAAAGGCAGAAUACCAUCAACACUGGGAUGGAAAAGCAUGGAGAGAUCAGCCAUCAGAGGGGCAUCCCUGGCCGCAGGAAUCCCCCAAACCGUCGUCUACUCCACCUUAUAGGUUCACACAUGCUUGGGUUAACAACCCGCCCAAUCACUCUUCACCUCCACCUUAUGGUUAUACUCAUGCCUGGGAAAAUGGUCCCCCGACCACUUCAACCACCCCACUCUAUGGCUUUACACGUGCUUGGGGAAAUAACCAACCUAGACCCUCCCCUGCACAGCGCCAUGAGUAUAGUCUUCCUUGGAGGAAUGGCCCUCCUAAACCCCAACCUUCUGGAAACACUCAUGACCAACAUGGUUCGGAGCAAAGGCCUUUCUUUACCCAGAGACCACAAGUUGAGGCUGGACCGCCUGGAUGGGUCGAAGGAUCGCACACUAGCACAAAGAAACCUGCGUAUCACGAUUUGGGGUUUAUAAGUCCUCCGCCUCUUCCCCCUCGCGCAACUCUGCCUUACCCCUCACAUCAGGUAAACCAAGCACCCCCAGUCAUUGCCAAGCCCACCCACUCUACCAAACAAGCUAUUCCGACCGUCGCUCCACUGAAUACGAACCCAUGGGCUCUCUGGAACACGUUCAUGGCUAAGCAAUUGCUGGGGCAGAAUGCAAACAUUGGUAAAAGUAGUAUUCCAAAACCGAACCCCAUCAUGCAGUUUAGAAACCUUUUACUAAACUUGACGAACGGCAAUGGGCACCCUACAACGCAACAAUCAACGCGGGUGAUUCUCUCUCCAAAAACAAAUUACACUACAACCAUUGGUCAAACCACUACCCAGAAUACCCUACCGGUGACUACUGGUACUCGGCACUCUACCGUGAAUUCAACUAUGCAGCCAGGAAAAACUACCGAUUCACAUCACGUCCUGUCAACUACUCAAAAUAGACCAAGUCAGCCACUUGGUCAGCAUGUCAACUCAACAACAACCCACAAGCCGACUACUGGCUCAUCUCACACUACCCCUACUGGCAAUACUAUGUCUUCUACAAGAAGCUCUGGAACAGUUCCGGAAAGCCCAACAACGAGGCGUAAAGAAACGACAUCGCCUCGUAACAAGCUUAAUGGUUUCUUUGAUAAGCAAACAACUGCUAAAGUCGAAGUGACAUCGCCAACUAAGAAGAAUUCAGAAUCCACUUUGCCUGAGACUCCAUCGAAAUCCGCACAUAAAACCUCAGCUAAAACACAGCCGCCAAGCACCAAGCCUACUGCCUCUCCUACGACGCGUAAGAACACAGCCACACUAUCAACUACCGCUGAUAUACCUAUGCCGCCUCCAGCAAACUCUGUGGAUCCGGACGACCUAUCAGAUAACAAAGGGAGUAAGCGCCGGAAGCAGCACGGGCCUACAUGUCACGCUAGUGACGUCACGGAUGAUAUGACGCUUAUUCGCGGUAAACGCGCAGGGAACUUCACCAAAAUAGGAGAUGUGGGGGAUUUUGAGCUGUGCAUCAAGAGGUGUUGCCAGGCAACGGGCUGUGACUUGGCUUAUAAGACAGGCGAGACGUGUUACUUGGUACAGUGCCAUAGCAAAAGUUCCUGUCAGGUCACCGAGGCACUGGUCAAGAAGUACAGCCCAAAGAUGGCAUUUAUUGUCAGAGACCACCAAGAAAACGACAGCAAAGACGAAAACGACAACAACGACGAUGACAACGAUGACGACAACAAAAGCGACGAAAAGAAGUCGCCAACAGGAAUUCGUGAGGUCUGUGACGCAGAGUCUGCGCUUGGAAUUUCCUGGAAAGAAACACCUGCCGGUCACCGCACAUCUGUUACUUGCCCACGUCACGCUAAAGGUAAGGCUAAACGUAAAUGCGAAGCGGACUCACGAUGGCAGAGCCCUGAUUUCAGCGACUGUGUGACGGACGAGUAUAUGCAGCUCAGCGAAAAGUCACGCAAGCUAGCGGAAUUUGCCGACUCUAGCCCAUUGAUCCGUGACCUCGCUCAGCUCACCACGCAGACGAUUGACAAUUCGCUCAUCUUUGGCGGUGACCUGCUCAAAUCUGUGAACAUCAUGUCAGCCAUUGUACAGCACAACGGUCAGAACGACUUGCUGGAGGUUAACAGGGACGAUAUGCAGAACUUUAUGACCGCCAGCAGCAACCUACUGGAUUUGACCAAUCAGCAGGAAUGGCACAACUUGCAGAGGACCAAGUCGGGUUCGUCGGAAGUGCUGCGUGCGAUGGAAAUGUUCUCUCUACAAGCAGCCAUUCGUCUACCUCGAGAGGAAAUGCGUAGUACUUUCAUUACCAACAACAUCGUCCUCAAACUGGAUCGCUUGUCGUCACGUGAUGGCGUUCUUGUGUUUCCUGACUACACAGACGAUAAGAUUGCUCGCUGGGACGCACGCCAUGACUUUAUCUCAAUACCUCCUUCCGUCUUUAGCAAAGGCGAAAUCAGUGCAGCCAGCAUGAGUUACAAGACGCUACCAUACAUCCUCCGUGACACAAACGCAAGUAGUGGUCUUGGUCCUAACUCCAAGAUUCUUUCCACGAUCCUUCACCCUCCGCCAUCGGGCAAGAUUUCGCCUCCAGUCACCAUUGUUUUGGGACACAUUAAGCCAAAGAGAGCGAAUCCUAAAUGUGUGUUCUGGGAUUAUUCUAUCAACCCGCACAAGGGUGGAGGGUGGUCCACACGGGGCUGCUGGCUUGCCUCCGGUAACGAGACCCACUCCAUUUGUCAGUGCAAUCACUUGUCCAACUUUGCCGUCCUCAUGGACCUUUCGGACGAUGAGGUAUCUGCCAAGGAACAGAAGCGGGAGCGAACAAUGGCUCUAAUGUGGAUUGGGAUCCCAGUGUUGGUUGUGGGAGUCAUUGGGGCAUUAUACAUGUCAUUCAGUUGGACUGGCAGAUCGAGGAUUUCAAGUGCGUCAAGUCGGUCUAUUGAUGAGAAGACUGGUCUUCUCGGCCAGAGGGUGACGACAAGCAGAGUUCGCGAGGAGUUCAAGGCGUCGCCAGCACGGCACCUCUACCGAGCACUCUCCCCAGCCUACUCGCCGCCACAAAGAGACCUGGAGUGGCAAGAUGAGUUCCACUUUAAUAUGGGGGUACAAAAGCAGACUAUGUUAAAACUUGUUCUGCCUCAGCUUGAGGAUCUCAAAAAACAUGUGGAGCAAGAUUUAAGUAUUGAGGACAAGACGCUUGUAUCUGGCACCAAACAGCUCUUUUUGAACACGGACGAGGAGACCAUUCACGAUAAGAGUAACCCUUACCAUCAGAUUCCUGCAUCUCCGGCACAUUCACUGGCGUCUUCCGCGGUCUCUGACGACUCAGGAUUCUUCUCGCCUUCUUGCCCCUCGUUGUCGCUACAGUCUCUGCCUUUUUCUUCUCCGCCAGGGUCACCUCGACGUAGCACUCCUCCGAGCCAUUUAGACCCUUGGGGCGUUCCCCCAGAGCCUUACCCAUCCGUAGUGUCUAUACUCCCUAACCCAAUGGUCUCCGAGGACACAAGUCCCCAGCCAGAAGCGCUUAACAGACCGUCUACCUUAUGGAGCAACUGUAUUGUUCAACAUGUGGUAUUGGCGAGAUCUCUAUCCCCGACUAAAGCGCAACAUGCCUCGUCAACUCCGAAGGAUUUGUCACGAAAUAAUACAAUAUUGAACUGUCCGUCAACGCCAAAAUCGACAACCAUGGAAGAGAUAUCCAUUUCGCAAAAGGAAUUACCAUCGCAAGCUGCGUCACAAUCUGCAGAUGUGUCGUCAGCGGCGUCACAGACGACACAAACUGAGCAAACACAUGAUGUGUUACCAAGUGCAUUAUUACAAGGCUCGUAUGUAUCAUGUUCAGAUAAGAGAAAUCUUCAAUUAUUAGCAGUGGAGAGGCAAGUGCGUUUAACACGAGAUGUAUUGUCUGAGGAGAAUUCCCCACAUCCCAAAGUCUCGGAUCAAACUGGAUCAUCAAUGACAUCACUUAUGACGGCACAAGCAACAUUACCCGUGACGUCAGAGAGCACGGUAGAGAGGAUGUCCUCAAUGAGGUCAUCUUUUUCAACCGUGACGUCACAGUCAUUAACAUUGAGGUCAGAGCCCGCUGAGGUAACGUCUAUAUCGGUGACGUCAUUAAAGUCGAUUGCAAUGGCGUCUAAGCCCUCUGAGCAAUGUGUUUCAAGUGAAGCGAAACAAGAGCGACGCAAACCCCGAGUAACAUUCGCUGAAGACGGAUUGCCCACACUUAAGGACCUCGAGUAUCGGGAGAGCGCCAGAGCAAAACGACAACGGAGACUAGAGAAAAGGAUAUUUGCGCAAAGGCUGCGGCGCUGGGGAGCCAUGAGUCGACUUGACAUGGACCAAAUCGAGCUAACUGACAGCCCAAAGCAUGUUAUGCUUACCGCAGACUACGACCUGCGUGCGCAGCUUUGCGGAGAUGAAGUUAUUGAUUCGAUUGAAGAACGAUGCGAGACAUAUGACGAGAACGGAGACGUAAAUAAAGAAUCUCAUAGUCAUGGAUCACGUGUCUCGUUACAAGCUUUCCACAGACCCAGAAUCAAACAGCAAGACGGGUCACGCGUAACUAAUAGCAACGAAAGGCUUCCGCCUAUUCACAAUUGCUGUGAUAGUCUGUUUAACUUUAAUAACAAUCUCUGAUAGGUCUUUCGCCGACACAAUAUUUUUUAAAUAUCGUUUAAAAUUCGUAUGUAAAUACAUCUUGUACAACUGUUUUUGUAUAUUUAUACGUUGUAUAUAGAAACGUAAAGGCAUUUUUUAUAAAUAAAAUUUGUCAGCUAUA